AUGGCUAACGCUAAUACAAACUCAAUUGAAGGGUCCGAAGAUGUGGCCGUGAAGGUGGUGAACAAGCGUUUUGAAGGAUUAAUGGCUGUCCGUACAAAGGCAAUUAAAGGAAAAGGGGCUUGGUAUUGGUCUCAUCUUGAGCCCAUUUUGAUCAAGAAUCCUGAAACUAAUCUCCCAAAAGCGGUGAAACUCAAGUGCACUCUAUGUGACGCCGCGUUUUCGGCGUCAAAUCCGUCUAGGACUGCCACCGAGCAUUUCAAGAGAGGGACUUGCCCCAAUUUCAGCCCGGUGUUGAAGCCCAUUUCGCAGUUACCUCCAUUGUCCUCGCCUUCAUCGCAGCAUAAUAAUCGCAAGCGAAGCUCACAAUCACAGCAAGCAGCAGGCGCUUCUUCGAGUGUUUAUCCAGUUAACGUGGUUGAUUUGUCGAGGUUUACUAAUGAAUUGAGCUUUUCACCUACACCACUUGCACAGGUGCCAGGUUUGAAUCAGCAGCCACUAAUGUUGUCUGGUGGGAAAGAGGAUUUGGGGGCAUUGGCACAGUUGGAAGAUAGUGUGAAGAAGCUCAAAAGUCCAAAAGCUUCACCUCGUCCCUCUUUAAACAAGGAACAAGUUGAUUCAGCUUUUCAUUUCUUGGCUGAUUGGUUGUACGAGUCAUGUGGGUCGGUGUCAUUUUGCAGUAUUGAGCAUCCCAAGUUCAAGGCUUUUCUAAACCAGGUUGGCUUGCCUGCAGUCUCUCCAAGGGAAUUUUCGAGUGCAAGGCUCGAUUCUAAGUUUGAGGCAGCAAGAAUGGAAUCUGAAACUAGAAUUAGGGAUGCAGACUUUUUCCAGGUUGCUUCAGAUGGAUGGAAGGGUAAGAGUUGCGCUCGAGGGGAAGAGAGUUUGGUCAUGUUUAUGGUGAACCUUCCUAAUGGGAUGAGAGUGUUUCAAAAGGCCAUGUAUGUGGGCGGUGGUUCAGUGCCAUCAGAGUAUGCAGAGGAGGUUUCAUGGGAGAUAAUAAGAGGAAUCUGUGGCAAUGCCACGCAAAGAUGCGCAGGAAUUGUUUCAGAUAAAUAUAAAGCAAAAGCAUUGAGGAAUUUAGAAAUACAGAAUCAUUGGAUGGUUAAUUUAUCCUGUCUGCUUCAGGGAUUCUUAAGUUUGAUCAAGGAUUUUGUUAGAGAUCUUCCUCUAUUUAGAACUGUAACCGAUAAUUGUUUGAAGAUUGCAAUUUUGUGUGAUUCUAAGUCUCAGAUUAGAAAUAGUUUUCGCAAGUUUAGAUUGCAAGGGGUUGAGUUUGCCCGGUUCAUUAGAGUUCCUCCAUCUAAAUGUGAUAUCUCGAAGAAUAUUGGUCCUUUUGUUGCAAUGUUAGAGGAUAUAUUAAGCAAUUCUCGUGUUCUACAUCUAGUUGUGUUGGAUGAUUCUUAUAAAGCUGUUUGCUUGGAGGAUCCUAAUGCUAGGGAAGUAGUGGAUAUGAUACAGGAUGUUGGUUUCUGGAAUGACGUGGAGGCUGCUCAUGCAUUAGUGAAGUUAAUCACACAAAUGGCUGAAGACGUUGAAGCUGAAAGGCCAUUAGUUGGGCAAUGUCUUCCACUUUGGGAGGAAUUGAGAGCUAAAGUAAAAGGUUGGUGCUCUAAAUACAACUUUGCUGAGGGGACUGUUGAGAAGAUAGUUGAAAAGCGAUUCAAGAAAAACUAUCACCCUGCAUGGUCAGCUGCAUUUAUACUUGAUCCAUUAUACUUGGUGAAGGAUGUGAGUGGGAAGUACCUUCCACCGUUUAAGUGCUUGAAACAUGAACAAGAGAAGGAUGUUGAAAAUCUCAUAACACGGCUAGUUUCAAGGGAUGAAGCUCAUAUUGCAUUGAUGGAACUUAUGAAGUGGAGAUCUGAAGGGUUGGAUCCGUUAUAUGCACAGGCAGUUCAGGUGAAGAAAAGAGAUCCUGUGACAGGGAAGAUGAAGAAUGCUAACCCUCAGAGCAGUACACUUGUGUGGGAAACUUGCCUCAAAGAGUUCAAGUCACUGGGUAAAGUUGCUGUGAGGCUUCUCUUCCUUCAUGCAACCUCACAUGGGUUUAAGUGGAAUCGGUCCUCCAUUAAAUGGUUCUUUUCACAAGGACAUUCGAGAUCAGGCCUAGAGAGGGCUCAGAAGCUCAUUUUCGUCGCAGCUCAAGCAAAAUUCGAGAGGCAGGAUUUUUCCAGUGAGGAAGAAGAGGAUGCAGAGCUUUUUGGCAUCAUGAGUGGUGAAGAUGAUAUGCUUAAUGAGGUUCUUGCAGAUUCAUCAUCAAUGUCGGACCCUUUUGUAAAAGUUUUCAACCCGAGCGUUGAAGAAUUUGAGUUUUGCAUUGUGAUUAGUUCCUUUGCUAUAAUUGUUGAGAGGUCUUUUAAGCAACCUGCAAGCGAGGGAGGCUGUCGGUUGAAAUUCUUCCGGUGGUGGACCAGUUACUUUCUCCAUUUCUCGCUUUACACGUGUUAUACACUGGUACACAGUUUGUGGAAAGACAGAUUGACCUGUCGGCAAGCAAGGUUACUACUGACUGCUCACCAGACUAUGAAGAAAAAAGGGUUUUUAUUUGUAUGGCAUGGCUCCAUAGUUAGUUCACUCGUGAUUUUGUGA